AUGCCGCCCUCCCAGCGCCGAGUGCUGAUCAUCGGCGGGAGCUUCUCCGGCUUAGCAGCGGGCCGAGACUUGGGGAGCCAUUACUUGGUGACGAUCAUCGAUGCCAAGGAGUAUUUCGAGUACACCCCGGGAGUCUUGCGUGCCUACGUCAAACCAAAGCACUUGGACGCGCUGACUUUUACUUUGCAGCCAGUGAUUGAGACUCGCAUGGGCUGCAAGUACAUUUGGGGCGAAGUGAAGGAGUUGAACGGUGCGGAGAAGACGGCCACCUACAAGCCAAUCUUCACCAGUGAGAGAGAAACCAUUGACUUCGACUACUGCAUCAUUGCGGCGGGCUGCAAUUUCGGCCCUUUCCACAAGUGGGGCGAGUCACUGUGGUUCCCGACCAUCCACGAGGAUGCGCGCCCGGAAGGCUCUUGGCCUCACCUGGAUGAGCGCUACUUGGAAGGCCGCAGGCGACACGUCCUCGAAGAGUUCAACUUCCUGAAGAGCUUGAACGACAAGUCGGCCACCUGCCUGGUGGUCGGCGCUGGCUUCAUCGGUGUGGAGUGGGCCACGGAGAUUCAGCACUUUUUCCCCAGGGUGAAGUUGACCAUCAUUGAUUUCUUGCCACAGCCGCUGGGUCCUCUGCCAGCUUCGGCAGCCAAAUACUGUGAGAAGUACAUGAACAAGGUUGGCAUCAAGCAGUUCUACAACACCAAGUACGAUGCCAAGAAUACUGAGUUCUGGAAGAGCAUCGAUUUGCCCAACGGUGCGGACAAGGAGUACGUGUGCAUCGGUGUGAAGGCGUCCAACUACUUCAUGCCAAAGGAGACCCUGAGCGAGAAGGGACCUGGUGGCGGAGGUUGGAUUCUGAUGAACCAGAACUUGUCCGUCAAGACUCGCGAUGGCAAGCUGUGGGGUGCAGAUGACAAGGGCUUCCCCCGCAUCUAUGCUGUGGGCGAUUGCAACUACGGGUGCAUUGAAGAGCCAGGCAAGAAGCCAGACGAUUGGCCGAUUCCACCCAUCCCAAAGAUCUCCUACCCCGGUGAGGAGAUGUGCAUUGUCGCCUGCACCAACAUCGAGAAGACCGACAGGCUGCUCUUCCAGAGCAAGACGGUUGAUUGCUGUGGAGACCCAUUGAAGGUUUGGGACAUGCACUGGCCAUGGGGUGCCGGGAUGUUCGCCACAUCCUUGGGCCCAGAUGACGCUUGCUUCGUGGCUGGCGCCAAUUGGCAGAAGAACUCCGGCCUCAUGUGCGUUUGGGGUCAGGUCUGUGCCGUGCAGAAGGAGUUCAUUGAAGCCUCCAAGACGGAUGAGUGCGCCUAUGGCUUCAUUGGCCGCUGCAUUUGGUACUUCGUCCACCACACGCCGGUGCGUCGGGUGCUGGUGGUGGGUGGCAGCUUCUCCGGUCUGGCGGCCGGCCGCGACCUGGGAAAGCACUUCUUGGUGACCAUCGUCGAUGCGAAGGAGCGGAGCUUGGGUGCAGAACCAGGAGUAUUGAGAGCUUAUGUGAAGCCCAAGCAUUUGGAUGCACUAAGCUUCACCCUGCAGCCGGUGAUUGAGACGCGCAUGGGCUGCAAGUUCUUAUGGGGCGAGGUGAAGGAGAUCAACGGCGAGCAGAAGCCUGGCACGCAGAAGCCAUGCAUGGCCAGAUGGGCCGAUGACGCACAAAAGGAAGCUCGACUUGAGGAGGAGAUGUGGAAGCUGAGACAGAGAAACUUCAUUUUCAUCAGCCGCUGUAUUUGCCACCUGAACAUCUUCAUGGUCUUGGGUAUGCUCCAUGAAGCUGUGAGAGAACCAGGCUUCGACAGCAUUCUAUGGACCAGCUUCUGUACUAUGGGCUACGUCCAGCACUUGAUGGUCGCUUGCGGCUUUAUCGAGCUCACCCGCCAACAACAGAGGCUGCUCACGUGCUUCCUCCAUUUCAUGUGCUUGGUCAUUAUGAUCAGCACGGCUGCAUCUGCAACUGCCUUCAAAUUUGCGAUGAUGCAGGCUUUUCAGGUUGGCCUUCGCUUCUGGCUGGUGAUCAUGUUUUUAGAUCCUUGGGUGUCAAUUCCUUUCCAGCUCCUCUUUACCCUUGCGGAGAUGUCGGUCUACUCGUUUGUCUUCGAAACGACGGACCUGGCUGCCUUAUGCCUGAGCCAAUUCUUCAUUUGCACGGCCUGUAUUUCUUCUUCCGUCUUCAUUGACUUGGUUCUACGAGGACGCUUCAAUGCGCUGCUGGAGACUGCGGACAGCGACUCGUUGGUGUCGGGAUUUCGACGCGUUUUGCGAGGCGUCUGCGAUGGGGAGGUGCUUUUGGACAGUGAGAUGAAGGUCUCGCAGGAGAGUCAAUGUUUGAAGCACUUGAUUUUGACCGAUGUGAGCCUGGUGGGCAGAUCCUUUUGA